GCGCUCUCUGGACUCUCCCUAUUUAACGCGAGCGCGAGGCCAAGGGCUGGACCGGCGGGACCACAAACGGUCCACGCUAGAGCUUCGACCCUGCCGCCGCGCCGCGGACCACCGCGGGCAGCACAAAACACGCCAUCGACCAAAAGCCUAGCAGCCUAGCACACCAUGGGCCGCGCCGCCAGCAACGCCGCCCCGGCGGACCCCAAGGCCGUCAUGGAGGCGCGGCGCGCCGCCUACCGGGAAGAACAAAACCUCCCCGACGUCAAGUGGUCCUGUUUCGCGGAGCAGCGCAAGCACGAGGACUUCGCGGCCGUCCGUCCCAGCGUCAAUAUGGAGCCUUACGCCAUCGACGCGCGUCGUCGCCAGGAACGAUGGAAGUGGGUGGUCUCUGGUCCAAAUUUGAGCCGCUUCGGACCGCGCCGAUGGCGUCUUCGUGAGAUCAUGAUCACGCGAGAGUCCACGCGCCUCGCGAGGGCCGUCACGCUCCACGCCGUCGACGCGAGCGCGCCACUCACGCUCGACAACACACAGGUGAAAUUCGCCCAGAAGCAGGCCGCCCUCCAGGCGAAGAACGCGAGGCCCGACAAAAAAGUCACUGAUUUUGUGAGAAGAAUAAGACGCGUCCUCGACAAGAAGAGUAGGGAGCACGGCGGCACGGAAGGGACCUAUUUAAGAGAAUGCUUCCUGAACUGGGACGCGGAUUGUAGCGGCACGAUCGACUCCACGGAAUUCCGGAAAGCUAUUAGAAGUUUAGGCUUGGACAUCUCCCAAGCCGACGCGUCUUAUUUAGUCGGGUAUUACGGCGGCGUCGAGUCCGCAUAUACAUCAGUACAGAAAAAUGAGAUGACCUACGACUUACUCAUUGAGGACGUGGUCAACGCCUCGACGCAUUUUUUACAGCCCCAACCACCUAUACCUAAAUCGGCAAGGCCGGACGGGCCCUUCCCGCCGGUGCUCAGAAGAUUUAUAAAAAAAGUGAGGCAAAAAUUGUUCAGACACAUCGCGGGCAAGGGCGAGAACGAGCGGCGCGGAGCUCGGCGUCUUGGCGUGUUGGGGUGGCUUCCCUUCGUUGCUGGGACUCGUGUCUGUCUCACGAGGGCGUGGGUCGUUUCUUUUUCGAGUUUGAGGCCAUUCGGACCGCCUCGGCUCGAAUUCGGACCCGAGACCACCCUCGAGACCGCGUUUCCGCACGCAGGUAUUUGGUAAGGAACGCGUUCCUCAACUGGGACAAGGACGCCUCUGGAAAAUUGGACUACGACGAGUUCCGUGCGGACUCCGCGUCAACUUGAACUUUGGGAAGAUGGCGUCACGACGCCGCGGCGCAGGCAACGCCAUGUGGCAGCUGAAUCUGGCCAUGUCCGAGGACGAGGCCGUGCAAAUUGUGGACCUCUACGAUUCGACGGGCAAGGGCGAGAUGCGCUACGACCAGCUCGUGAAGGACAUAACGGCGGGCGUGCCGCACUUCACGAAGCAAUAUAAUGACGCCGCGACGUUGGAGACGCUCCGGAAGCUGGACCGGGCCGAGCCGUCGACGCGGGGCAAGGCCCACGACGACGAGCGCAUGAUGCAGUUCAUGUUCACGAAUCGCCCGCUGGAGAAGGUCCCUUGCCAAUUGGCCGAGGAGUUCAAAGUACGACUCAAGACCGCUCUUUUUGCCAUCAUGGUCCGGAAGGGUGCGGUCGCGGCGUCCCACGUCGGUGCCUUCACACCAUGCGUCGUCUCCGGGAGAGCAGGUCGUGGGUGGUCUCGUUUUCGAAUUUGAGCUGUUUCGGACCGCGGUGUGUCAUCAGAGGGACCGCUUUCAUGAAGAUGGCGUCUUCACGAGACAACGUGGUCCCACGAGAGUCUACGUGGUCCUCGGGACGCCGUCGACGCGACCGCGAUGCUCCGCGCAGGCGGCACGGUCACGUCCAUUUUACGGGAGGCGUUCCAGGCCUGGGACCAGGAUAGUAGUGGCGAGCUCAACACCAAAGAAUUCGUGGGCGCGAUCGGGCGCUGCGGUUUGCAGAUCGACGAUAAUACGGCGCAUCAACUGGUCAAUUACUACGACCGCAAGGGCGAGCAGGGGCGCUUCGGGGAUGGGGAGAUCCACUACAUGGAUUUAGUCGAGGAGCUCGGGAAGACGCACGUCCCGCGGCGUCCCCGACCAUGCAUCGUCUCUCGUGGAGACGAUCACGCGACACCGCCGCAGGUGCCUCCACUUCAUGGCGACGGCGAAGGCCAACGAAUUCCACGUCCGUGACUCAGCGUCAAAUGUAAAUCGAUUUCUCAACUUGAACUUUGGGAAGAUGGCGUCUUCAUGAUCGUCCGAGCGUCGACGCGUCGCGUGAGUGCAUGGUCGUUCGACGCAGGAUCCCUCGAAGCCCGUUGUCGUUGAGACGCCGAAACGAGUUAAACAAUUAGUGGGCCAGAUCCGGGACUCGAUUCUGAAGGCGUUGCCGCGGGCUUCCGUCGGUAAGAAGAAAGUAGUGCGGCCUCGCGACUUGUUGCUGGGUACUUGCGUGCGACUGGAUAAGAGUGGAAGCGGGAUGCUCGACGAGAAGGACUUGCUGCGGGCCUUCCGGGACUUGAAAGCGACGAUCGUCGAGGGCGGCAUGCGCGAACUGCUGAUUUGGUACGGCGUCGAUGGGUCGCAAAGGAUGCCCUACCAGCGCCUCGUCGACGACUGCUUCCCGCGCGGUGGGACGCCGGUGCGGACGCCGCCGAUCAAGGCGCCUCCACCGAAGUCGCAGUCGUCGGCUCGGAAGAAGCUGGCGCGUAUCGCCGCGGAGAAGGCGACCAUCGAGAAGAGACUGCGCGAGCUGAACGCCGAGGCGCGGGCGCUCUAGGGGUCGUGGGGCGUAAGUAGGGAUUGAUGCUA